AUGGAUAGGGGAAACUGCUCAUCCGUGGAUGAAUUUAUUUUCUUAGGGAUUACUAAUAACCCUGGCAAAAAUGUGGCCCUGUUCACCACAUUUCUAUUUGUUUAUCUCACUACUCUUCUUGCCAAUCUUGGAAUGAUCAUCUUAAUUAGAAUGGAUACUCAACUCCACACGCCCAUGUACUUUUUUCUCAGCAAUCUCUCAUUUUGUGACUUUUGCUAUUCCACAGCAAUUGGACCCAAGAUGCUGGUAGAUCUCUUAGCUGCGGAAAAAUCAAUUCCUUUUGUUGGAUGUGCUCUGCAGUUUUUGAUCUUCUGUGUCUUUGCAGAUUCUGAAUGUCUACUGCUAGCAGUGAUGGCCUUUGAUAGAUACCAGGCCAUCAGUAACCCAUUGCUCUACACAGUGAAGAUGUCCAACACGGUGUGUUCCAUGCUCAUGGUUGGGGUUUACUUGGUGGCAACAACAGAUGGUUUGGUACACACAACCUUGGCAUUCCGUUUAUGUUUCUGUGGUUCUAAUGAGAUCAACCACUUCUUUUGUGAUUUACCUCCACUUUACCUGCUCUCCUGCUCUGACAUACAAGUCAAUGAACUGGCCUUAUUUAUUGUUUUUGGUUUCAUUGAACUGAGCACCAUCUCAGGAGUUCUUGUCUCUUACUGCUACAUUAUUUUAUCAGUCCUGAACAUCCGUUCUGCCGAGGGGAGGUUCAAAGCUUUCUCCACCUGCACUUCCCAUCUCACCACAGUUGCCAUUUUCCAGGGAACUAUGCUUUUCAUGUAUUUUCGGCCAAGUUCUUCUUAUUCUCUGGAUCAAGAUAAAAUGACUUCACUGUUCUACACUCUUGUGAUUCCAAUGCUGAACCCUCUGAUUUAUAGCCUGAGGAACAAGGAUGUGAAGGAGGCCCUGAAAAAACUGAAAAUGAAAAUGUAG